CACAUUUCUCCAGGGUCGCUUGGACCCUUGCAAUUGGCAAGGCUGAGAGAAGCAGUCGUGCCGGGUGGGGUGAGCUCCUGAUUAAUGCAGGGGUUUGACUGCGGGAGGCUUUUCGGCUUUAUGGGGGCGGGGAAGAAGGGGUGCAGUGCUUCGGGAGACUUAACUGUGUUUUCCUUGGGCUGCUCAGCCAGAGGAGAAAGCUGCUGCAGACUGCAGAAGGGGGCAGCUUGGGCUGUGAGUGUGCACUUGAUGGGAGAACUUGGGGGAGGGAGGCAAAGCCACGGUCUUGUUCCCUCCGGGCCUGUUCAGAGGUCUAGUAGAGAAAGUGGGGAGGUGGCCCAGUGACCAGGCUCAGAUUGGUCAAGGAGACUUUGACGGUCUGUCUUUGCAAAUGCCAGCACAGCUGUCUGGGGAAGAGACUAUGGGUGGAAACAUGGCAAUGGCUCCUACCUUUCUCCAGGGCCAGUGCCAGUUUCACCCUGGCCUGAAGGUAGGGGAAGACAGAGGGUGUCUCUGAGACCCCACCCUGCAGGUAGAUUGACUGAGGCUGGAAGUGUGAAGACUUGCAGGGAGGUUUGAGGGGAACCCUGAAUAAGCUUCUCCGAUGGAGGGGAUGGCAAGGCACGGUGCCUUAUAGGAGCAGUGACCGUUGAGAAUGGGUGGUAGGUGUGCAUGUGUGUGCAUGCCUGUGUGUGUGUGUGGGGGGGUGUUUAGUUGCUGAAAUCUAAUAUAUUGAAACAUCUUCAACAUUGAGUCAGGAGACUCAGGGCCUAGGCCAGGCUCACCUUGCUGUGUGACCUUGGACAAGUAUGUUGGUUUCACAGCUUCAAUUGUUCCAUUUGCUAACCUGGGCUCAACAAUACUGCUCUUCCCCUUAUUCCAGGAUGUUGUAAGGGCAGUGAAGUUAUUUCAGAAGGACACAGUGAGUGGCCUGGGAAGACAGUGUUCAAAACAGGCUGCAGGGAGCCCAGUGCUGGGGAUGUCUGUUGAGCACUGAGUGUUGCUCAACCUUUGGACCAAACCUGGCUCCCUGGGAGCUCUUGCUUUGGUUCAGUGACCUGCAACUUUUCAAGUGUAUGAUUCAUCUUGUUAGACAGAGGGACUGCCUUUAAUGUUUAACUCAGGGAGGUCACUUUCAAGUUUAUUGAGGUUUAUUUUGCUUCCUGCUUUAAGCCACUGGUCACCUUCCUUCCUUCAGGUUUCAGGUCACCUCCUAUCCUUGGGCAUCUGAAUGGAGAAGCUGCUCCUGAGAAUCCCCCGACAGUAUUUAGCCCAUGCCUUGUGUGGUGCAGGCACAGAGCUUGAUGUCUCUUUUAACAGAAGGUAGCUCUCUGUUCUUGAGGUUGGAGUCAGAGGUAGCAUGACCACCCUAUUCCAGGGUGAUGAUGAAGGGCACAGGGCUGGGUAGCAGACUGCAAGGGCAUGCUGGAGAGACCAAGGAAGCCUUCUAAUGACUCUUGAGAAGAGCCCAGGACGACAGGCUGUGAUGAAACAAAGUUGUAGAUGGGCAAACGCUGGGGGUUGUUGGCAGUGAGUGAUUCAAAAGGCUGGAGAAUGGCUGAUCCUGGGGUCUUCUUGCUCUCUCUCUCUCUCUCUCUCUCUCUCUCUCUCUCUCUCUCUCCUCGCUUCUACUUCUCCAGGGGCUGGUGAUUGCAUCUGAAGUGCCCAUGACAGAACUGGUGUCCUCCAGGGGAGGGUCUCCUGCAGGGGACCCGGAGGAGGGUCUGGGGGACGAUCAAGGCCUGGUUAUCCACCACCCAGCAGAAGAACAGUGCCACCGUUGCCCUCUGUGCGGCCAGACCUUCUCCCAGCAGCCCAGCCUGGUGCGGCACCAGAAGGCACACGUGGGGGCUGGCCGCACCGCCGCCUUCGUGUGCCCGGAGUGUGGCAAGGCCUUCAGCGUCAAACACAACCUGGAGGUGCACCAGCGCACACAUACUGGCGAGCGGCCCUUCCCUUGCCCGGAGUGUGGCCGCUGCUUCAGCCUCAAACAGAACCUGCUCACACACCAGCGCAUCCACAGCGGCGAGAAGCCUCACCAGUGCUCACAGUGCGGUCGCUGCUUCCGCGAGCCACGCUUCCUGCUCAACCACCAGCGCACCCACGCGCGCAUGCCCACGCCGCACCCGCGCCGUCCCGGUGUCUUCGGGGAACGGCGACCCUACUUCUGCCCCCGCUGCGGCAAGAGCUUCGCGCGUGAGGGCUCGCUCAAGACUCACCAAAGCAGCCAUGGCCAUGGGCCUGAGAGCCAAUCAGCCCAUUUAGGCCGUGUGCUAUGACCGCUGGGAGGCCUGCUACCAUCAGCUGCCUCCAACCCAGGAGCCACAUCCAUGGGUGUUGAGUUGCCUCCUCUCUGGAUGGGCUCAUGGGAGAGGGGCAGGGCCAGCUUGGGGUGUUGAAAGGGCUUGAGCCACCCCCUUGCCUUCCUCCCCCUGGACCCUUUGGUUGGCUGCAUGCAUCUGCUUUGGGCACCUGUGUUGGUUUGCUUCCUCAGGCUCCUCUGGUCUAGAGCAGGUGAGCCCCAUAGGGUUGGCCAGAGUCCCCUGGAGCGUGGGGGUAGUGGGAGUGUGCGGCUUUGUCUCUGUAGUGGGACAGGAGUGGGUAGUCAGCCUAUGUUGGUUUCCAUAACCCGCUGCUUACCUGAUCUUCAUUCCCAGCAUGUCAGACUUGAGAACGCCUUGGAGAGGACCAAGUUUCUACAGUCACUGGGCCCAAGCUCAGUCUGCAAAGCCUCAGCUUCCCGCACCCAGUGUCUGGUGGCCUUGAUGAGCCGUUCUACUCCAUGUCUCAGUUUGCUUAGCUAUACAGUGGACAGGACCUCGUGGCCCAGGACAUGCAGGGCAUAUCUGGGCAUGGAGACUAAAAAUGGAGUUUCAUGGGAUCCUAUGGGUUCCUGGCAUGAGGAUGUGUCUCAUCAGAAGACCUACCUCUGGAGGUGCCCUGUGUUGGUAGGGCCAGGAAUUAGGGGCUGGUUCCAUGCCUUGGUGGGAAAACUCCCAAGGUCUGACUUGAGUUACAGCUGGGCAAGCCUCCUUUUGGCUUCCUGGCCCCAGACAGCAACUCAGGUGUGGAGAUAGACUGCACCUGUGUGGAGAGCUUCCAGCCUGGCCCACCAUUUGGUUGAAGGGUAGAGACAAGAUGAGCAACUGGUCUGGGUUAUUGCAGCAAGUUGAUGGCAGACCUGGCUUGAGAGGCGAAAUUUUCCUCAAGAUGUGAGCAGCAACUGAAGGCUCCUGUGCCCUUUCUGAAUUAGAAACGUUAAAACUUCAGGGACAUGUGGCCCUUGAAAUUUUGAUAGAGGCUGUGGAGCUCCUAGGAGAAGUCACAUACUCACACAGCUCUCACAAUGCCAAGUAAUUCAGGAGCCUUGGGACUCCAGACUGAAGACCUCGGCCCUGGGGGUUUCAUAUGCCAUCCUUUUCUUACUCCAUACAAGUGUCUCUCUCUCUUCCUGGUCUCCUCUUGUUUGGGAAUAAAGAAUUCUGAGGCUGAGCCCCUUUUAGUCCACUCAUCCCUUUUCCAGAUUUGUAGGAUCUGAGCUUCCUCCCCAAGACAUUGCCGGAGGCUUCCAGGCUUGGCUACUUCCCUCCUUUUUGAGACUGACAGGCUGUGGGAUUUUUCCAGUGGAGCCUUGUAAGGCUAUAAGGCUCUGCUUGGCUUUCGCUCUCAUUUCACUGUCUCAAGGGGAGUCUCAAGGGGAGUCUCAAGGGGAGUCUGGACUGCUGAAGGGAUGGUGAGUCAUUUUAUCUGUGUCUGCUCCAGGGAAAAAGGAUCCUGCUUCCUUUAGCACGUGCAACCAAUCAGCCCUCUUGGCUGGCCAGGUGUGCAGCUCCAGGCAGAUAUCACAUGGGAAUGUGAGGGUAGAAAGGCACCAGCCCCCUGUACAUGGUACUCGUGGGUCUAGGCAGAGGGAGAAGCCAGAGGAGGAGUUGUGUGUAUCCUUUAAGUAAGCAGAGGUAAAAAGUAGGGGUAUGGGUCUUGGGCCACUGUUGGCCAGGGAUUCCUGUCUUCACACAUGAGCAGGUCAGCUGGGAGGCCACAGAUGUUUCUCUUCUUCUCCAGAAUGAACACUAAUGAGGAAGGGGGGUCCCUUUCCUAUUGGGGUUUGGUAGAAAUCUAUGGAUUCCUAACCUGGGGUCUUACUGCCUGUAUCCCCCAUGCAGCUUGGGUUACAGGUUCUUAUUGAACUCUAUGACUUAUUCUGAGGUCACUGAGUGUUCAAAGAGAUCUGAGAAAGGGGAGGCAGUCCCCAUACUCCAGGAGCUUCCAUGCACCUCUUUUCUUUGGCUAAUCUAGAGGCGCUCUCACCAUGCCCCUCAGCUAAUUGCCCAGCUUGUCUCUUCCCUGCUGUAACUGUGCCAUGCCUUCCCCUGUACUGCUCUGAAACCUUCGUCUUCCCCUACUCCCAAAGCCCCCUUAUUCACCAGGGCUGAGUCCCCCAGCCCACCCUGCCUAUGCUCCCUCUGAACAGUACUCAUGCUAACAUGUGGCGUCUCCUGUGAGUACUAUGUGUUGUUUAGUCUUGUGCUCACUUUUUCUGUGUGUGCGUAUGUAUAUGUUCUGUGUGUGCACAUGUGCACCUCAAAUUCCCAACUAGACUGUGAGCUCCCUGAGGGCAGGUGGCUAUCAUUUCUUCUUCAACCCCAAGUGGGUCUAGCACAGGGCUGGGCUCCCAACUCUCAGGAAAACACUUGUCAACUGGCUGAUGAGUACAUGUUGGAUGUUGGGGGUGGUGGUGGAAGGCGUUUGAGGUGAGUACAUGUGAGUUAGCUAGGGGUGCAUUGAGAUGAGUUGUGGGCUGGCUCAUUGGACCAAUAAUGGAUGCUCCAGGCCUCAGGUCCUUGCAUUUUGGGGGUGGUAGAAGCAGAAGGGAUACUCCCCCCACACACACACCAUGGCUACACAGGAGUGCACUUGAAUGGAUGUCCAGGUUGGAUAUCCCUGGAGGUCCCUGACAUCUGUUGGAGCUGACUCAAAUAAAUGUUCUCUGUAACA